AUGGGCCAACAAGCAUCCGCCCCGCGCCAAGGCACCAAGCUCCGCGUCAUCGGCGCCGGCCUGCCCCGGACCGGCACCGCCUCCUUCAGCCGCGCCCUCGAGACGCUGCUCGACGGGCCCGUCUACCACGGCGGCACGCAGGUCACCCUCGGGCCCGAAUCCGACGUCAAGACCUGGCUCGAGCUGUUCUCCCAGUGGCCGGCCGAGGACGAAGACACCAAGCAACGAAACUUGGAGCUCCUUGGACGACAGACGGAGGGGUUCGUUGCCGUGACGGAUAACCCUUGUCUUUUGCUGGUUCCGGAGCUGAUGGAGCUGUAUCCGGACGCGUUGGUCAUCUGCACGACACGAGAUGUCGAUGCAUGGGAGAAGAGCAUGCAGGCCGUGUCCGACGCCGCGACAAUGUGGUUCCUUCGCUUCGUCCUGUUUCCCCUCCCAACGAUGCGCUUCUUCCCCCGGUUCAUCGACUCCAUGCGCCGCGUCUGGCUGCAUCAAUACGGAGAGACGGAGCCCCCGACCAGGACGACGUACAAGCGGCACAUGGAAUGGCUCAAGGACGUCGUUCCGCCCGAGAGGCUGGCGUUUGUGGAUGUCAAGGAUGGGUGGGAGCCGCUGUGCAGGGCGUUGGGUGUGGACGCUCCGAGGGAUGUGCCAUUUCCGAAUGUGAAUGAUGGCAGGGCGAUUGAGGAGUUGGCGAGAAAGCAGGUCCCAGAAGAUUUUGUUGAAAUCAUCAUGUCUGAAUAG